UAAACUUUGAACAAAAAAAGAAAACAUGGGUUCUAAGGCAUUUCUUUUUCUUGGCGUUUGUUUGGCUAUUUUUUUCCUGAUAAGCUCUGAGGUUGUAGCUGCGGAAUUGGCUGAGACUUCCGACUCAAUGAAAUUGGAUAACGGGAAUGAAGUACACGUUGACGGACGUGGCGGAUACAAUGGUGUUGGCAGUGAUGGAUAUAAACGUAGAGGAUGCCGCUAUGGUUGCUGCAGGAAAGGUUACUAUGGUUGCAAAAGGUGUUGCUCCUAUGCAGGUGAGGCCAUGGAUAAAGUCACUGAAGCUCAGCCUCACAACUGAUCAUUAUGUGUAAUAUAUAACGAGUUCAAGUUAUAUAUAUCGUUAGUGUAUGUACGUUGUGACAAUUUGUAAUAAUCUUGCUACUUUAGACCUUGCUUGUAACAAGUAUGAAUAAAGCCAUUCGGUUCUUAUGGAUGGUUGGUCAUGUAAUGUUUUGUUGUACAAUAUAUUGUGAUAAUAUGUUUCCAUAU